UUCACAAUUUGUCUUCAAAUUUUUCCUUUUCUACAAAUUUGUGCAAGCAAAUGGUAUGGUAGGCCAAUAUGUUUUGCAUAAUAAACAAGGCAAACCAUGUGAGAAAUUGCCAACUUCUUCACCUGAUGUUUUCUAUCCCUCUUUACUUUCCUACUUAUCCAUGAUCCAAUCCUUGACAAAAUUUCUAUAUAUAGACACACACACACACACACACACACACAUACAACACUCAUUCAAAGCCAAGCACAUAAACAAGUACCAUAACAAGUCCUUUGAAAUCCAUUUCAAAAGGCAAUUCAAACCAGAGUCUCUACUUCCUUGUUCUAAAAUCAUACAGAGAUGGGAGUCCACUUGACAGGAAUAGCAAAUGCAAAGCAAAAGCUGCAGAGAACUUUCACGGCAAAACAGGGGAUUGGAUCGACAGUGACGAAUGUUCCUAAAGGGCAUUUUGCAGUGUACGUAGGCGAAAUGCAGAAGAAGAGAUUUGUGAUUCCGAUAUCGUACCUGAAUCAUCCAUUGUUCAAGGAUUUGCUGAACCUUGCGGAAGAGGAAUUUGGAUUCGAUCAUCCAAUGGGCGGCCUCACCAUUCCUUGUACCGAAGAUUACUUCAUCACCUUAACUUCUGCCCUAAAUUGUUCGUAGAUUUGCAAUCCCCUUCUUCUUCAUCCCAAAUCCGACACUUCUCUGGUUCGAUUUUUAUUAACAUGAGAGAUUCAAUCAAAGCCG